AUAGCCUCUUGGCUGGGAUGGUUUAGUCAGGGAAGAUCCUGCCUUGAGUUGGGGGCUGAACUAGAUGACUUAAUGAGGUCCCUUCUAGCCCUACUUUCUUGUGAUCUGUUCUGUGAAAACAGGCAUUGAUCUGAAAUAAUAAUCUUUAGUGACUUAUUCCUAUUUGAUGAUCAUACUUUUGGAUGUUUUAACAAUGUCUUUGUCUUCAGUUAUGUGCUAACUUGUAAGUAUUGAAAGGGAGAUUUAGAGGUACUUAAUAUCAAUGUUGUGACCUUAAAGUCAAACUACUGAAAUUCUACUUGUACAUUUAAAUAAUUAUAUAGUUUUCUCUAGGACACUUAGAUGAUUUUCAAAACGGCACACCUAUGGAACUGCUUAUUUUUACUGUUGCUAUUCUAAUGAUUUUUUUAAUUUAAUUUCUACUCUGUUGUAUGUUAUUUUCCUGAAUAACUCAAAUGCUCAAUUUGAUUAUCAUUAACUCUUCCAAGUUCUAAUAUUUGGAAUUUUUUUCAUAUGAUAAAAGAGUUUCAGAUACUUACUGAUGCUAGUGUGUAGAGAAACAUUUAAGAGAGUAUUUUUUAAUUAAGCGUUGACGGGCUUUUAUUGCUGUUUCAGAGAGGAAAAGAGUUUCUUAAAAUCAAAGUGUCCCAACUCUCAAACAGAAGAAGACUCGCAUGUAAAUUCAGCUUCAGAAACACCAGAUUUGGAAGUAAUAGGAAAAUCGGCCAGAAUGUUGAUGGGAGGACAGGAUCAAAUAAAAAAAGUGGAAGAUGCAAACCCAAGUGCUACAGAAGAAUCCACUUACAGAGCUCUUGUUCAAGAACUGGAUCAGGAGAAAGAGAGAAGGUGGAAAGCUGAACAAGCUGAAAAGAAAUUGAGAGACUAUGUCAAAGAACUGCAGAAACAAGCAAAAGAAGAAAAGAAUGUUCAAAGUAUAGCAGUGCAUACUACUGAUAGGUUAAAAGAACUGAUGUUGAGGGAAAGAAGUACAAAAACAAAAUUGCAGGCUGAUGUCCAGCAAUUGAAGGAUGAGCUUGAAAGACUUACUAAUGAGUUAAAUCUUGCAAGAAAUAAAGAACAACAACAACAAAAGGCCCUACAGACCUUAGAAGAAACAUUAUCCAAAGUGGAAACACAAAGAGUACAACACCAAGCAACAGAGAUGAAGCGGAUUCAGGAGAUAGAACUUAAAGCUUCAGCAAGUGAGAGAGAGGUACAGUUACUUCGCAUAGCUCUCCGACAACAAAAAGAAAAGGUGCAACAGUUACAUGAGCUUCUUUCAUUAAGAGAGCAAGAGCACAGGAAAGAGCUGGAAAGCCGAGUUGCUCUGAAUGGACCUGAAUUUCAAGAUGUUCUGUCAAAACAAAUGGCUAAAGAAGAAAAGAGGCAUGAACAGCGUGUUAAAGAAUUUCAGGAGAAAAUGAAUGUGUUAAACCAACAGUAUAUGGAGUUAGAAAAUGAAUUUCGUUUAGCUUUAACUAUUGAAGCAAAAAGGUUUAAGGAGGUUAAGGAAAGCUUUGAGAAUGUUGCUGCUGAGCUAUCAGAAUAUAAGCAGGUCCUUUUUCAGUCUCAGCAAAAGGAAAAGCAGUCAGCUACUCUGAUUCAAGAGCUAACAUCCAUGGUGAAAGAACAGAAAGCAAGAAUUACAGAAGUAGUUCAAUCAAAACAAGAAAUAGCAGGAAAACUAAAGAAUAGAAUCCAGACACUUGAGACUUUGGUUGAGGAGGACAAACAUAAGUCUGUUCAAAUUGAACUCUUGAAACAGGAAAAAUCAAAACUUAUUUCUCAACUGACAGCCCAGGAAUCUGUAAUUGAUGGAUUAAGAAUGGAAAGGAAAGUAUGGGGACAAGAGUUGGCACACCAAGGAGCCUCUCUUGCCCAAGACCGUGGAAAACUGGAAGCAAAAAUUGAAGUUUUAACUAACGAGAUUGAGGGCUUGAGAAAAAAAAAUGAACGUGACAGUGACGCUCUAAAAAUUAAGACCAAAAUAAUCGAAGAUCAGACAGAAACAAUUAGGAAAUUAAAAGAGCGUUUGCAGGAAAGAGAUGAACAGAUCAGAACACAGCGUCAGGAAAAUGCUGAAAUCCAAAAGACUUUUCAGGUACAAUUGGAUGAAAGAGCUGCACAAUUGGAAGAGCUACUGGAAAAAUUAGAUAGGCAAAAUGAAAGAAAAGAGGAAUUAAAGCAACUUCUGGAAGAAAAAGAAGUAGAACUUGAAGAUGUUAGGAAAAUGUACAGCACAAUGAAUAAGAAGUGGCAAGACAAAGGAGAAUUAUUAAGCCAGCUGGAGAUGCAAGUAAAACAAAUGAAAGAAAACUUUGAUAUCAAGGAAAAGAAGCUGAUUGAAGAGAGAAACAAAAGUCUUCAGACUCAGAAAGUUGCAAUGGAAAAGCUUCGUUCAAUGGAUGAUGCCUUUAGAAGGCAGCUUGAAUCAACACUAGCAGUUCAUCAAGCAGAACUAGCACGACUGGCAAGUGAAAAUCAAAGACAAAUUGAAGCAGCAAAUGAAAAGGUUUACCAAGUUGAAGAGGAAAUGCGUCAUCUUCUGCAAGAAACUGCAAACAAUAAAAAGUCUAUGGAAGAGAAAAUAAGACGACUGACAAGUGCACUUAGUGACAUUCAGCAAGGCCUUUGAAAUAUGUGAUACCUUCCAUUUGACAAUCAUGAUCCUCUUCUUACUAUAAAAGGAAUUGCAAGAAAAUAUAUACAGCAAUAGAGAUAAUAUAUUUAUUUUAUAUAAUUGUUUUUAGUUUUCUAUUUUUGCAGUUUUCUAUGAAACGGUUAUUCCUAGGGAAAAUUGUUAUUAUGUAAUUUAUAUUUUGAAUGUUCAUGGAUCAGGUUUAUUAAGGAUUGUACAGUAUUUUCAUAAUAAAUAAUUACAUCAGUUGUAUCUGUUUGUAGGAAUGAUUUAAAACUAAAUUAUCAACCAAAUGAUUAGAGGUCUAGAAAAACUGGUUUUUGAAAAAAGGUUGAAAAAACGGGUUACUUAGGAAAAGAGACAAGUAAGGUGAGAUUUGUUAAAGCCUUCAAAUAUAUGAAUGGUGGUUAUAACUAGGAUAAUGAUAAAUUAUUCUCUGUAGAGGAUAAAAUGAGAAGUAAUGGUCUUAAGCCAUAACAAGGAAAAAUUAGAUUGAAUAAUAGGAAAAAAAAUUCUUACUGUGGGAAUGGUUAAGCAUUGGAUUAGAUUACUUAAUGAGGCUAUAGAAUUUCCAUCCUGGAUCUUUAAAGAGCGGGUUAGACAAGAAUGGUUGAGAUGGAGAUGAUCCAGGACUAGAUGACCUCUGGAGGUCUCUUCCACCCCUAUUUUUUCUAUGUUUCUAUCAAAGAAAUAAAUGAAAACUAAUCUAGAGCUAGAAAGAACUAUGUAAAAGAAUUCAGAAACAGGGUUUCAUCCAGGGUGGUAGUUUUUUUCACUGUUUACAACACCAGUCACUGUGCUAUAGAAUGGUUUUUCUUUGCUAGAAUAUGAAAGGUUCAGUUACUGUAUGUAUUAACAACAUAUGCAACUACUUUAGUAGUGUUGGAGUGAUGUUGUAACUGAGGGUCCAGGAGAUGCAUGAGAAGCAAGGAUUUUGUGGGCAGUAUAUUUUGAACUAACUGCGUGAUUGGGAUAGAUUUAGACAAGGUUUUGAAUACAGUUAGUCCACAAGGUGGAGCUAUUUGCUUUUAAAUUAUUCCUCAUCUAACAAGAAAACUGUUUAAAUCUGAAGGCAGGCAGAGAUCACUCUACCCUGCCUUGUGCCUAAACCAAGAAGAAAGUGUUUCCCUUCUCCACCCUUGCCUAUUCAGUAGGAUUUCUUCCACACUUUCAGGAUGUACUGUUGUGGAAAACAUUUUGUAUAGCACCAAAAUCACACAGGUGACUAACUCUCAUUUAAACCUUGAGCAUUCUGAAAAUAUUAAAAAGCGUACACGGCCUGCGCACACACCAAAUUUGCCAUUUAAAAUCUUUAGCCAAUUCAGUUUCUCUUAGGAUGUUUCUUAUCUCCUGUUUUAUCCUUGAGUGAGUUGUGGUCCUGGUGAAUUUUGUGGUGUACUGUAAGAGUUUACAUAAACCUUGUGGCACAUUAAAGGAACUAAACAGCUGUACAACCUCAUCCUGCCUUCGGUUAUUCGCAUAGAUUGUCUUAGAGCUUCUGUUCUGCCAGAAUUCCCAGUCUAUUACAACCCUUCAGUUUUCAGUCAUGCUUAAUUUCUGCCAUUAUCCUCAUCAGAUUUUGUUUUUAUUCCUUGUCUUUGGCCCGGCAAUUCUACCCCGCAACACACA